UUUUAGCGGGCCACAAAUUCACAGACGUCUCAUUUUCUCCAAAGCAGACAGUGAUUUAAAGUUGCUUUUUUAAAAAACACCGAAUAAAGCAGUUCAGCUGCGACACUGCUCAUCCUGGAGGGGCUGUUAACUAUAGUGGUUGAUGCAGAACCCUUAAUGGCCCUAUCUAGAGCCAGUAUUUGGUUCGUCCAUUCUGGGCUACUGUACAAACAUGGCGGUGCAACCUGGUGGACUGUGUGAACAAGGACCUGCUCCGUGUAGAUAUAAACAGCUCAUUUUAAGGUCAUGAAAACACAAGAUUUCUUAUUUUCAGGUACUUGUACACCAAAGAAAAUGCACUUAUUAUAAUGUGUAUAUCCGUAAGUCCUACACACUGGACCUUUAAUUGAUUUCCUUUGGUUUUGGUUUUAUUUUCUGAUCCUUAAAUAAUUGAUUAGUGCAUUUUAUUCAUCUUAUUCAUCCUAUAUUUAGCCAGGAAGGUCCCAUUGAGUUACAAGAUCCCUUCUCCCGGGGAGUCCUGGUCAAGACGACCUUGUGCAGUGAAAGAGAAGUGAAGGAGGGCUGCAGAGUUAACAACAUGCAAAUGGUGAUGAGCCUGCGGGUGUCAGAGCUGCAGGUGCUUCUGGGCUACGCUGGGCGCAACAAGCAUGGACGCAAGCAUGAGCUGCUGACCAAGGCGCUGCAUCUUCUGAAGGCCGGCUGCAGCCCCGCCGUGCACAUGAAGAUCAAAGAGCUCUACCGACGACGCUUCCCUGCCAAAAUGGUAUCCCACUCAGAGCUGGCCAUGCCCGGGCCACACCACCCAGCCUCAGCUGGAGUGGUCGGAGGAGGGGGCGCCGCGCUGCCCGCUGGCCUGACACAGCUGGCGUAUGAGGGUCACGCCGGUCACGGUGGAGCCCCAUCUCCCGCUGCCUUACUGCCCCUCUCACUGCUAGGCCCUGGGAAGCAUGAGUUAACCGGGCUGACGCACCACCUGUCCAGCUCGGCCACGCUGCACCCGGUCCACCCAGAUGUCAAGCUCCAGAGGCUGCCCUUCUACGACAUGCUGGACGAGCUCAUCAAGCCAACGAGUCUAGCAUCAGACAACAGCCAGAGAUUUCAGGAGACGUGUUUCGCCUUUGCAUUAACGCCACAGCAAGUCCAGCAGAUCAGCAGCUCGAUGGACAUCUCGGGGACCAAAUGUGAUUUCUCAGUUCAAGUUCAGUUGCGGUUUUGCCUGUCGGAGACGAGCUGUCCUCAGGAAGACCAUUUUCCACCCAAUCUGUGUGUGAAAGUCAACGGGAAGCCAUGUAACCUGCCGGGUUAUCUUCCACCUACCAAAAACGGCGUAGAGCCCAAGCGGCCCAGCCGGCCCAUCAACAUUACCUCACUGGUCAGAUUGUCCACCACAGUCCCCAAUACCAUCGUGGUGUCGUGGACCGCUGAGAUUGGAAGGAGUUACUCCAUGGCAGUGUACUUGGUGAAGCAGCAGUCGUCCACAGUGUUGUUACAGAGACUACGGGCAAAAGGCAUCAGAAACCCAGACCACUCCAGAGCACUCAUCAAAGAGAAGCUAACAGCAGACCCAGACAGUGAAAUCGCCACGACCAGCCUUCGAGUGUCGCUGCUCUGCCCGCUGGGGAAGAUGCGGCUGAUGAUCCCAUGCCGGGCGCUGACAUGCUCCCACCUGCAGUGCUUUGACGCCACACUGUACAUCCAGAUGAACGAGAAGAAGCCCACCUGGGUGUGUCCUGUCUGUGACAAGAAGGCCCCCUAUGAACACCUCAUCAUUGACGGGCUUUUCGUGGAGAUCCUCAACAGCUGCAUGGACUGUGAUGAGAUCCAGUUCAAGGAGGAUGGCAGCUGGGCCCCCAUGAGGUCUAAGAAGGAAGUGCAGGAGGUCUCGUCUGCUUCCUACAACAACGGGCUGGAUGGUUCAUGUCGGACGUCCGCGGGCUCGGACCAGCGGAGCUCCUCCUCAUCCAGCCACGGUGGCAGCGACAGCACCAACAGCAAGAAAGUGGAGGUAAUUGACUUGACACUGGACAGCUCCUCAGAAGACGAGGGACAGGAUUCGCCGCCUCCGCCGCCGCCACCACUGCCUCCUCCACCCAAAAGAGCGUGUCCCUCUAUGUCCCCGACCUCGCCGCCCAUCAUCAACAAAGGAGUUUUGAACCUGCACCACCAGGCCUCUCCUGUGAGCCGCACUCCCAGCAUGCCAGCUGUGGACACCAGCUACAUCCCCCCUGUCCCCCCACUCAUCCAGGACUUCAGACCCUACUACUCCACCCCCAACGACCUGUCAGAGCUGAACUUCUUCUCUUUCCUUCAAGGCGACAAUCAUCAGCAUUACAACACUAUGGUGAUGGCAGCAGCAGCUGCCGCUUCAGCCUCAGACGACCACGAGCUGCUUCUCAACCGCUUCCUGCCCUACAGCACCUCCUCCUCCUCUUCCUCCUCCCAGCUGUUCCUCGACCAAUCGGGAGCCUCCUCGGCCACUUCGCUGACCGCGCCAACCAACGGCGCGAGCAACUCGGGAAGCAGCAGCAGCCUGGUGUCGUCCAGCAGCCUCCGCGACACUCACUCCACACACUCGGGCUCACACUCCUCACACACACACCCCGGGGUGGUUGCCAGCCGGAGCAGCGCCGAAGCAGCAGUGGCAGCUAUUUAUGGCGGGAUACCUGACGUUAUAUCGUUGGACUGACUCGGGGAGAGUCGAGACUACACUUUGGGUCCAACUACGAUCCGGUAACAAACUUUUUUGACUGCAGGGUAAAGUUUUGAUGCAGAAACUAGACUGGCCACGAGUCAUGAGAACGUUUAUGGAGCCGCAAUGACGAGACUGCCUCAUGAAGAGCACUAAUAUUAUGAAUGGGUAACAGGCCUGAGGGUUCGCUUCACGAGACUGACCCGAGAACAGUACUGAGUCAUCACUUGGAGGGGUCAGCUGUGGACAUCGUGUUUGUGUCCUGAAUUCAGAUCAGAAACCUGUCCAGCAUGUGAAUCCGCGAAACUGCGAUACUGGUACCAACCUGGCACAAAGAAGCAGAGACGCUACCUGAGCAAAAACACAAAGGAGGAAGGCUCUUUUUUACAAAAAUGAGGAGUGGCACCGUGUACAGAGAACAAAAUAUAUUUUCCUCUUUUACUUUUGUAUGUUAAAUCGGAACAUUUUCAGUCUAGUGAGCUGCUUCAAUCGCUGUUUUUAAGUGGAGGACUGAGGUGUUCUGUUUUGUUUUUCUCACAAAAGCUUAUACAUAUGCUUGUUGCCAUGUGGUUAUCUUUUCUCCCCUUUUAUCCUGCUUUUUUUUUCAUUUGCAUUUCUCCAAUAUAUUCCCUUUCUCUGUUUUCUCUCUUGCUCGAGCUCAUUUUUAAACUCAUGGUGUAUUAUUUCUCUGUCCAAUGACAAGAACACUGAAUAUACAGUUUAUUCAUGUACUAAUAAUUUUAUUAUGCUUUUAAAUUAUGUAUAUUUAAACUAUAUAUAUAUAUAUAUAUAUAUAUAUAUAUAUAUAUAUAUAUGUAUAUAUACCCUGAUUAGCCACAGCAUUAAAACCACUGACAGGUGAAGUGAAUAACAUUAAUCAUCUCAUUACAAUGCCAUGUUCUGCUGGGAAACCUUGGUUCCUGACAUCGAUGUGGAUGCAGCUUGACACGCUCCACAUAACGACACACCUCCGGACCAAGUACACCCCCUCAUGGCCUCAUGGCAACACCACUCCCGAUGGCUGUGGCCCCUGCAGCAGGACAGUGUGCCGUGCCACACUGCAAAAACUGCUCAAGAAUGGCCCGAGGAACACAUCGACCUGGCCUCUGAAUCCCCAGAUUCCAAUGUGAUUGAGCAUCUAUGGGACAUGCUGGUACCCCACAGGACUCAAAGGAUCCACCGCCAACACCCUGGUGCCAGACACCACAGGACACCCCCAGAGGUCCUGUGUCCACGCCUCAGCAGGUCAGAGCCAAGCUCAAUCCAAGGAGGUCCCAUCGAGGAUCAAACUCUCUCUGGGCUCUGGUUCGGCUCUGGGAUACAAGCGUCCCAUGGAUGCUCGACCAGGUUGGGAUCUGGGAAUUUGGAGGCCAGGUCGAUGCCUCAAGCUCUUUGUCACAUUGUCCUGCUCGGGGGGCACUGCCACUGGGGAGUGGUGUUGCUAUGAGAGGAUGUACCUGGUGUUUGGGUAGGUGGAGUGUGUCAAGUGGCAUCCACAUGAAUGCCAGGACUCCAAGUUCCCAACAGAACAUUGCAUUGUAACGAGAUGAUCAUGUUAGUCACUUCACCUGUCAGUGGUUUUAAUGUUGUGGUGGGUCGGUGUAUACACAGUGUAUAUAUGUAUGUACAUAUAUACACUGUGUGUAUAUAUAUAUACAUAUAUAUAUCCAUUCCCUUUGACCUUCAGGUUAUUGUGGUGAGGAGUGUGCAGGUGAAAAUUAGCCAUUUCUGGUUUUUCAUUUUCACUCCUUGAUUUCCACUUCUUUUCAAAGACUCUGCCGGCAUUCAGCAUUUAGACAUUGAGACUUUUAGACUCUUUAUACUUGCCAAUUUAGAGUUUUGAGCUGGAAGAGUUUUUUGUUUUCUUUCUUAGGGUUUUUUUUUUUGUUGUUUUUUUUGCACAAUGCCAAAAAUAAGAUACGGUACCUUUGAAAAUUCUCACAAUAAUCAGAGUGCAGUUGAAUCUGUGUGCCACAGCGUUUCCAGUCCAAGUGUACACGUCUUCGUUUCCAGCUGGUGGUCAUUCAGACUGUGUUCUUUUGUCUCUUGUCUUUAGUUUCAUCAUUUUGUUUUUUUGCCGGGCUGUUGUCAAGCUGUUGUAGCAGUGUCGGGUAUUUUAAAGAGAUGGGCGAUCAUGGCAUGUGAAGUUUAAACGAGUGCCUGUGUGCGUGCAUGCUUCACAGCGUGUUUGGGAUGUUUGAGUUUUCAAACUCAAAAGAAUGUCUUAAAUGGUCACCCACGACCUCUGUCCCAUCUCUGUCCGAGCUUUUUGCGAAGACUUGACUUGUGACUGAUAGCUUUGGUGGUGUAGGCGUUACCUUGGGAGGUAUCUUUGGGAAACUGCUUGUGGAAAAUCACUGAAGAGUGCCACAGUGAAGGAGAAAGAUCUCGACAUGCCAACUUACACUGGGCACAAAGCCAGCUGGUUUAAAAAUACAUGACUUGUCUGUAAUUUAAAAGCCCCACAAGCUCAUCGGGGUAUAAUGUGGAAGUGUCAAAGCGAGGUGGCGUACCUCGAUUCAGCUGGAAUUGCAGUUUGCUUAUGAAUGUAUUGUACAGUUUUCAGAGUGGAGGAACUGUUGGUCUUUGCUCCUACUUCAGUUAUUAACAGAGGUCGUAGAGGUCACAUACCAGCUACAUACAGUAGACCGCCCGCCCAGUCACAGUGAGCCCACCCCUCCUCCAAGCCUGUGUGUCCUUGAAACUUUCCCUCUUAUCAGUUCCUCCUCCAUGUCCCACUUCCAGACGUCCGAGACAGGCAGCUCACUUCAAAGCCCAAUUAUCCCCCCCGCCAUGAGAUAAUCACUUCUGACAGCCACCCCCCCCCCAUCUCCUAACAUCUUGUCCUUCAGCAACUAACUGGGAGACAACCCAAAAUGACCCCCGCCCCUCCUUCCUUUGCUCGCUCUCUCUUGGCAUCUUCCUUGUUCUUCUCAUGGGAACCAACCCCCGGCUCUCAAACUGACCCGGAACAAGUCUCGUGUAUUUCCUGUGUUGUGCAGUAUUUUAUUUAUUUUGUAUUCUUAUUUCUAUAUAUUAUAUUUUUUACAAAUUGUUUGAUUUGCCACGGGUGAGCGUGUGAGCAAGCGUCACUUGGGAGCUGUUGUGAUAUCAUUUUAUUUAAUAUGCAUUUUAUUAUUAUUCCUUGCCAGCAGCACGAUGUCUCAAUAAGGUACCAUGUAGUUAUUUGUCACAGAGACGCCUCUGUGUAUUUUCUUGGGAGCUGCCAUUAGUAACACUUUAUAAUGACGGCACAAAACACACAAGCAUGACUCAUGAGUUUUAUGUAUUAAUUAAUUCAGGAUGUAUUAUGAAUUCCUGUUGCUCACCAAGUCGCUGUGAGUUUAUGAGAUUAUUUAAAGCUUAAUGGAUCAUCUGCUGAUGAUUAACUCAGUUACUUAAUACUUUAAUUUAUGUGCCACCAAAUUAUCUGGAAUCCAGUUACAUAGAAAAGGGAUAGUAUUACGUCUCCUAGAAACAUGAAGCUGUUUUUUUAUCAGUCAGACGCAAACAUCGACGUGUUGCUGCAGAAAUCAUCUUUAACAUUGUUGGCACAAUCAGAUCAGGUCUUUGGUCCAGAUUGAAAUAUCUACGCAACAAUUAUAUGGAUUACCAUGAAACCUUUUAGACAUUCAUGGUCCCUCAGAGGAUCAGUCCUACUACCGAAUUUUAGCAACAGUAUCAGGCUAAGACACUGUUAAUUAGGAAGUACUCGUUUGAAGACAUUGGUACUUAAUUGUCAUUGACAAUGUUUCGUUUUUUGUACUUAUCGGGUCCUACUGAUCCCACAUCGCUAGGAGGAAUUAAAAAUGCAUACCAAACGAAAGUUCGGGUCUCAGGAGGUUAAACACGUCUGUCCAUUAAUGCCCUGUUUUGCAGACCGGUACCUGCCAAAUGUUUUUCGUUUUAGCGCACCGUUCUCUUCUUUGCUGCAUUCAACUUCUUUCAACAACAAAAAUAUGUACACAGAUUUAAAGAUUCACUUGUUAGCUUUUAAAAUGUGGCAGACAAUGACCACUGGGUCAAGCAACAACAUGCAGAUGUUUGAGAUUAAUAGAAAACAUCUUCAUACUUCUAUUAGAACAGGUUACUGUUAAGCUUUCAGAGCGGGUGAUCAAAUAUAUGGCUCUGAAAUGACCUUGUUUCCAAGUGUCCAAGUUUGGUGAUUUUGAAUUUUGAGAAAAAUCUCCCUACUUCUUAAGCAAAAUAAACAACUUAAAACCCCAUUCGAUUGGCUGAAAAUACAUUGUCACAACACAGGUGAGUUUUUCUUACCUCCUAAAAAAUGGAACUUAGUAGUGACACCACUAAGGUUGUCAAGACUAGUGAUAACAGUUUUGAUACCAUAUGUUUAAAACAGUGUUAAUUAUAUGUUCGACAGUAUGAAAAGUACCAAAGCUAUUUUAAAAAAAACAGAUCUACAAUCAGAUUUUCAACCCAAGGCCGCACAGAUGAAGGGAAAAAAAUCAGCUGGUCUUUAACCUGUGGCUGUUGAGACGUUCUCUCCAGAAACAAACCCAUCAUGUGACUGGAGAUGUCUGUACCAGCACUGUGUGCAGGUUCUUAAUUUGUUUAGAAAUAGAAAAUAUAAUCUAUGUUUUGUGCCCUAAAACUUUUUUUUAUUUUUGCCAUGAUAUGGAAAGAGGUAUGGGAUAUGUUUUUUUAUAUUAGUGUUGUAUAAAAGUUUAAAAUGCUUGUUUUGUGACAACCGGCGAUGCUUCUGUAUGUAAUUGGAUUCCGGGGCCGGUUGUACAAAACACCUUAAAUUCAGAUUUUCAUUAAAGUCCUAGUUAAGGUUUCCUCAAAAUACAAUGGAUUGCACAAAACACCUCAAGUUCAGAUUUUCAUUAAAGUCCUAGUUAAGGUUUCCUCAAAAUAAAAUGGGUUGCACAAAACACCUCAAGUUCAGAUUUUCGUUUAAGACCUAGUUAAGGUUUCCUCAAAAUAAAAUGGGUUGCACAAAACACCUCAAGUUCAGAUUUUCAUUAAAGUCCUAGUUAAGGUUUCCUCGAAAUACAAUUGGUUGCACAAAACACCUCAAGUUCAGAUUUUCGUUUAAGACCUAGUUAAGGUUUCCUCAAAACAAAAUGGGUUGCACAAAACACCUCAAGUUCAGAUUUUCAUUAAAGUCCUAGUUAAGGUUUCCUCAAAAUACAAUUGGUUGCACAAAACACCUCAAGUUCAGAUUUUCAUUUAAGAACUAGUUAAGGUUUCCUCAAAACAAAAUGGGUUGCACAAAACACCUUAAGUUCAGAUUUUCAUUUAAGUCCUAGUUAAGGUUUCCUCAAAAUACAAUUGGUUGCACAAAACACCUCAAGUUCAGAUUUUCCCCAAAGUUGUAGUAAAGGUUUCCUCUAAAUAAAAUCGGUUGCACAAAACACCCAUAACUUCUCCUUAAGGUUUCCUAAAAAUGUUCACUUCAGUAUUUAUGGUUUCCUCCUUGGCUUGGUGUUAUACUUAAGGAAUCCCUAGACCGCUGCACAAAAGACCUUAGCAACCAAAGCAAGGUUAAAAAAUAAAAUAAAAUAAAAAACUUAAGGUAACUCUGACUCUAUCUUAACUGCAACGUGACCAAGUUCCUGGUGAUUAAUGGAAAAAAAACGAACACACCCUGAGAUAAUGUUAUUGUCAACUUGGACUCAAGGAUGAAGUGAUUCAAUUUUGGUGGUCAAAAACUUGAGAUGUUUUGUGCAACUGGUCCCAGCUAUUUUGGUGGCUUAUGAAUUAAUGAUUAAAGUAAUUUAAAGUUCAUUAACUGAAGAUCCAUUAACUAGUCAUAUAAGGAGGGGAGCUCGGAGUAGAGCCGCUGCUCCUUCACAUUGAAAGGGGUCAGUUGAGGUGUUUCGGGCAUCUGAUCAGGAUACAUCCUGGGCGCCUCCCGUUGGAGGUGGAUGGAUGGAUAAUCAUAAAACCUCACAGCAACUUGAUCAUAGUGAGUGACCGGAAUUUAUGCAUCAAAUCAUAAUGACUCUUUAAUUAAUUCUAUAUUUUAAAUGUGUGUGUGUCACCUUCAUCAUAAAGUGUUACCCAGACGUGCUACACUGAUGAAGAUCGUUUAAGUUUCCAUCAUGUUAGUUUGAACAUUAGUCACCAGUGUUUGCUUGAUAACGUGGUCACAGCUUAACGAAUGCAUUUGAUCAUGAUUUAAUUUAUUUAAACUUCUUCUUUCCUCACACUUGUCAUGAGACGGUGCAGCAGAUUGUGCACAUGAAGUGGGAGAGCGGACCGUGUUGAAUGUGUUCCUGUCAAAGUGCUCUAUAUGCUGGGGACUAUACGGGAUGACCGAGUCGUUUCAUGAUGUCACGUGUCUGCAGCUCCAUCCUGUGGUUCGCUGUUGAUAGUUUUCUGAGGGAGAAGCAGUCACUUUUCAACUGGGAGAGAUUUUUUUUGUUAUGAAAUGUCAGAUUGCAUGCAGGGAUGGAUAAGCACAGGGCUGUUGCCAUCUCAGUCCCUCACACACAGGUGUGACCAUGUGCGCAGUAAAUUGAGCUUAGGUGUUUGAUGGUAUGAGGACGCCGGGCCGAAACCAGCGUCUGCACCAAAUACAGUGAAUGGAACAAGGCCACUAUUAUCAGUAGUUACUCUUAAAGGUGUUUCAGAAUCUCCACAGACAAACCGUGACAAGCAGCUCAACUCUCUGGUUGUCAUGACGUCUCACCUUAGAUUUUAAAAAAAGGGAAAAGUCAACAAUGUGUAUAUUAUGUCUGUAUGGAAACCUAAACGUUCAGAUCCAAACGUGGGUGUUUGAUGUCCGUUUGUAUGCUUUUUGUGUGUCAAUUCAGAGCGAGAGAAUAAAUUAAUUUAUAUAUUUUUUAGAAAAUAAAAGCUGUACUAUUAUUACAAAAAAAGGACUGUGGCCAAUAAAGAGUCUUACACAACAGAAAUAAUCUCAAAGUCAGACUCGAGUCGACAUCUGCACUCACUGCCUUAAAACAUUCACAGGUUCUGUUUCACAGCUCCGACCCGAGAAAAAUCAUAAAAAGGCUUUUCAAGGAGGGCGAGGAGAAGACGGUGUACAGUAGUAGUGGUAGUAGAGUUUGUACAAAUAUACCAAGUGAAAAAAAAUAUUUAUUACCUGCAUUGGAAGAAAUUGUUUACUUAUUGAAUGUUACCUGUUUAUGUAGAAAAGUUUAGAUGUAAUAAAAAUGCAUUCUGUUA